AUUUGUUAAAUCUCAAAAUGGAGCCCAACAGUGGAGAUUCUCCAUUUUGUUUUCCCUUUAAAGUCCGCUUCACUUCUUGCCGGCCUACAGCUCCAAACGUCAAGCAGAAGAAACGGAGGCCUAUUUUGUCAGUUAGAGUAAAUUCUUCGUCUCUCACUGUACAUUGUGACUUUGAAAACUAUAAAAUUAAAGCUAGAGGGAGAGAGAGUCCCUUAGCUCAGAGAAAUGGAGAAGUUGUUUGGCGGUGCGUUUCUCUUCAUCUAUUGCUGUCUCUGCGUGACGGCAGUCGGAGAUGCUUAUGUGAAGUACAACACAGGAGCUGGUGUGGUGGCAGGGAAGUUGAAUGUUCAUCUGGUAGCGCAUUCGCAUGACGAUGUCGGGUGGUUGAAGACUGUUGAUCAGUACUACGUUGGAUCAAAUAACAGUAUUCAGGGUGCUUGUGUUGAGAAUGUGUUAGACUCGGUUGUGGUAGCUUUGCUUCGUGAUCCUAAUAGGAAGUUUGUGUUUGCUGAAAUGGCCUUCUUCCAUAGAUGGUGGGAAGAACAAAACCCGGAAACACAAGAACAAGUGAGAAAACUUGUACAUGAUGGCCGCUUGGAAUUCGUAAAUGGAGGCUGGUGUAUGCAUGAUGAAGCAGCAUGCCAUUACAUAGACAUGAUUGAUCAGACAACUCUAGGUCAUCGCGUGAUCAAGGAGCAGUUUAAUACAACCCCUCGUGCUGGAUGGCAAAUUGAUCCAUUUGGACACUCUGCGGUGCAAGCAUACCUACUUGGGGUCGAGCUUGGGUUUGAAUCUAUUCAUUUUGCAAGAAUUGAUUACCAGGACAGAGCAAAGCGCAAAGAAGAUAAAUCUCUUGAAGUUAUAUGGCGUGGGUCCAAGACUUUUGGUUCUUCAUCUCAGAUUUUCACCAAUGCCUUUCCUGUUCACUACAGUCCACCAGAUGGUUUCCAAUUUGAAGUGAAUGAUGACAUUAUGCCAGUCCAGGAUAAUCCUCUUCUAUUUGAUUACAAUGUUGAACAGCGGGUUAAUGAUUUCAUUAGUGCUGCUGUGACACAAGAAAAUGUGACUCGGACAAACCAUAUUAUGUGGACCAUGGGGGAUGACUUCCAAUACCAAUAUGCCGAGUCUUGGUUCAAGCAAAUGGAUAAAUUGAUUCACUAUGUAAAUAAGGAUGGUCGAGUGAAUGCCUUGUAUUCUACACCAUCCAUCUAUACUGAUGCAAAAAAUGCAGCAAAUGAAUCAUGGCCACUGAAAACUGAUGAUUACUUUCCGUAUGCGGAUACGGAAAAUGCUUAUUGGACUGGUUUUUUCACCAGUCGACCAGCCUUCAAAAGAUAUGUUCGGUUGCUGAGUGGAUACUAUUUGGCAACACGGCAACUGGAAUUUCUGGCUGGAAAGAGAUCCAAUCAUCCCAAUUCUUUUGCCCUUGGAGAUGCUUUAGGAAUUUCACAACACCAUGAUGCUGUAACUGGCACUGCCCAACAACAUACGACAAAUGACUAUACAAAACGCCUAGCCAUUGGCGCCUCUGAGGCUGAAGCUGUUUCAAGUUUUGCUCUGUCAUGCUUAGUCAAUAAUCAAUCAAAAGGUCAAUGUGUUGGACCCGCUCUGAACUUUAGCCAGUGCCAAUUGCUAAAUAUCAGUUACUGUCCUCCAUCAGAGGAAGAGAUUCCUGAAGGGAAGAGUUUGGUUGUAGUGCUGUAUAACCCUCUUGGAUGGAACCGCACCGACAUUGUUAGGAUACCGGUGAAUGAUGCCAACCUUCUUGUUCAAGACUCCUUAGGCAAUACCAUUGAAACGCAGUAUACAGAUUUGGUUAAUGUCACAAGGAACUUAAGAAACUUCUAUUUGAAGGCUUAUUUGGGGCUGACGUCAAACCAAGUUCCUAAUUAUUGGCUUCUCUUUCAAGUAUCUGUUCCACCACUGGGCUGGACUACCUACUUCAUUUCUAAGCCUGUUGAGAAAGAAAACAGAAGAAAAGAUUCUCUCUCUAUGAUGGACAGCUUGACAAAUGAUACCAUCGAAGUUGGACCUGGAAAUUUGAAGAUGUCCUUUUCUUCAAUCACUGGCCAACUAAAACGAAUGUAUAAUUCAAGAACUGGGGUUGAUGUACCAGUACAGCAAAGCUAUUUCUGGUAUGGUUCUUCAAGCUCCAGUGAUAGGUCUUCUGGUGCGUAUGUCUUCCGGCCUAAUGGAUCCCCUCCAAAUAUUGUUUCAAGAUCGGUGCCCCUGAAGGUCAUCCGUGGACCAAUAGUGGAUGAGAUUCACCAACAGUUCAAUUCAUGGAUAUACCAGGUCACAAGACUUUACAGCAACAAAGAGCAUGCUGAAGUUGAAUAUACAAUUGGUCCAAUUCCUACGGAAGAUGGUGUCGGCAAAGAAGUCAUCACACGAAUGUCAGCAAAUAUGGUCACAGACAAGGUGUUUUAUAGUGAUUCGAAUGGAAGAGAUUUUCUGAAGCGGGUUCGAGAUAAUAGAACAGACUGGCCACUUGUGGUCAAUCAACCUGUUGCUGGAAACUAUUAUCCGCUUAAUCUUGGAAUUUUUAUAGAAGAUAAGACUUCUGAAUUCUCGGUCUUGGUUGAUCGCGCCAGUGGAGGAGCCAGUAUAGAAGAUGGAGCAGUAGAAGUGAUGCUUCAUAGGCGUAUGAUCUUCGAUGACUCCAAAGGAGUGGUUGGAUCUCUAGACGAAAGUGUUUGUGUUGAAGAUAUAUGUGCAGGAAUAACGGUUCGUGGAAAUUAUUACAUGAACAUCAACCAGUUAGGGGCUGGUGCAAGCUGGCGCCGAACAACUGGCCAAGAAGUUUAUUCACCGCUCCUCUUAGCUUUCACACAUGAGAAUUCAGAGAACUGGAAACAGUCUCAUCUGACCAAAGCAACAACCAUGGAUCCAAGCUACAGUUUGCCAUUAAAUGUUGCUUUGAUUACCCUUCAGGAGUUGGAUGACGGAACUGUGAUCCUCCGUCUGGCACAUUUAUACGAGGCGGGUGAAGAUACCUUGUAUUCAACACUAGCCAAAGUUGAACUGAAGAAAAUGUUUGCUGGAAAAACGAUAAAGGAGCUAAAGGAAAUGAACUUAUCAACAAACCAAGAGAAGUCAGGAAUGAAGAUAUUGAAAUGGAGAGUUGAAGGGGACAAUGGAAAUGAUCCCUCUCCGGUUAGAGGCAGCCGGGUCGAUGAUUCAACUCUUGUUGUUGAGCUUGGUCCCAUGGAGAUUCGUACAUUCUUGCUAAAAUUUUGAUUAGUUCCUUGUAACAGCACAUAGCAUCUUCAUAUAUGUCCUCCCUGAACUUUUCUCGCGCAUUCUGCAUGUGUCCAACAUACCGACAAUCCGACAGAAUGUGUAUACACAUGAAUUCUCCUAUGCCCACUUAAAGCAGAAAAUAGUUUAUCAUAUAUUUGUUUUAUA